AAAAUGUAAUUGGGGGGGUGGAAUCAGUCCCGCUGUCUCAUUUACCGUUUUCUUCCAAAAAUAGACAAGGGGAGAAGUAAUUAACCAGAGCUGCUCUUGUAAGUCUCUGCCAAAUAUCACCUUAUUUUCCUUCUCUCUCUGUACCCACAUUGCAGCGAGAGAGAGAGAGAGAGGAGCAUCUCACGUGCAUUAGCAUAGGUGUGACUUUUCAAAAAACAGUAAAGCAUGCCAUCGAUUACCGUUAGCAUGCAAUUGUAAUGAGUUGCAGUAAUUCAAGGCAGAGCAUGAGAGGUGCCUCCCCCUUAUAAGGAAGGAGAGAGAGAGAGAGAGAGAGAGAGAGAGAGAGAGAGAGAGAGAGAGAGGAGGCAUUCUCUUCAAAACAUGAAGAGGUUUUUACAGCAAUUAUUGGGGCUUAUGAUGAUGGUCUUGGCUAUUCCUGCUCAGGCAUUCAACUAUAGCGACGCUCUCACCAAAAGCCUCCUCUACUUCGAAUCCCAGCGAUCGGGUCGCCUGCCUUACAACCAGCGCGUCACUUGGAGGGAUCACUCCGGACUCACCGACGGCCUCGAACAAGGAGUGGAUCUUGUGGGUGGCUACUAUGAUGCGGGCGACCAUGUCAAAUUUGGACUUCCCAUGGCCUUCACCAUCACGAUGCUUUCAUGGAGUCUGAUAGAGUACGGCGAUGAAAUUGCUGCCACCGGUGAGUAUGGCCACGCGCUUGAAGCUAUCAAAUGGGGCACUGAUUACUUCAUCAAGGCCCACACACACCCAAAUGUUUUAUGGGCAGAGGUGGGGGAUGGAGACACUGAUCACUACUGUUGGCAAAGGCCUGAGGACAUGACGACAUCAAGGCAAGCUUACAAAAUUGACGCGGAGAAUCCAGGAUCUGAUCUGGCGGGGGAGACAGCGGCGGCAAUGGCUGCGGCUUCACUGGUUUUCAAGAAAUCAAACCCGCAUUACUCGCACUUGUUACUGCUUCAUGCCCAGCAAUUAUUUGAAUUUGGGGAGAAGCGAAGAGGAGAAUACGAUAGGAGUAUAGGAAUAGCGAAGAAUUACUAUGCGUCGGUGAGUGGUUACAAGGACGAGUUGCUUUGGGCCGCUCUUUGGCUUUACAGAGCUACCGACAGAGAGGAUUACCUCUUAUACGUCAUCAACAAUGCCCACUGCUUCGGUGGCAUUGGCUGGGCCAUUUCCGAAUUCAGCUGGGACGUCAAAUACGCAGGUGUCCAGAUCCUAGCCUCUAAGCUGCUUAUGGAUGGAAGACACGAGAAGCACGCACACAUACUAGAACAGUACCAAUCAAAGGCGGAGCACUACUUGUGCUCCAGUCUCAACAAGAACCACAAGGAUAAAAAUGUGGACCGUACACCUGGUGGUCUCUUGUACAUACGCCAAUGGAAUAACAUGCAGUACGUCUCAACUGCAGCUUUCCUCCUCACCGUCUACUCUGACUACCUCCAAAAAGCAAAGGCAAGCAAGAGGGUGGUGAAGUGCCCAAAUGGUGAAGAGGUGGGACCCCGGGAAAUGGUCCAAUUCGCCAAGUCUCAGGUGGAUUACAUCUUAGGAUCGAACCCCAUGUCUACCAGCUACUUGGUAGGGUUCGGGUCCAAGUAUCCUAAAAACGUGCACCACAGAGGUGCAUCAAUUGUAUCAUACAGGGAGAACAAGGCAUUCAUUGGGUGCACCCAGGGCUAUGAUAAUUGGUAUGGGCGCAAGGAAGUAAACCCGAAUGUGUUGGUAGGGGCUCUGGUGGGUGGGCCCGACUGCCAAGAUAAUUUUAGAGACGAGAGGGGGAAUUACAUGCAGACGGAGGCGUGCACUUACAACACUGCUCCUCUGGUGGGAGUGUUUGCCAAGUUGCAUAACAUGGAGCAUGGCGGUCACAUUCAAAACCCCAUCCUCAGAAUCCAUGGCGGUCACAUUCAAAACCCCAUCCUCAGAGCCCAUCUCAAACAUCCAGCAUCAACAGCUUCUGCUACUUCUCCAUCAUCCUUUUCCUCCUCUUAUUAGAGAAAUAGACAAUUCAAUUACAAGAAGUAGAGAGAGAAAAAAUUAUAUUGGUUAUAGAGAAAUGCGGAAUGGAUCAAGAAUUUUCUGCCA